AUGUCAUCUAAGCGGCAGUUGCUGAAAAUCAUCAUCCUUGGUGACAGCGGUGUAGGCAAGACGUCGCUGAUGCACCAGUAUGUGAACAAGAAGUUUGACAGCCGCUACAAGGCUACCAUCGGCGCCGACUUCCUUACGAAGGACUUGGAGAUCGACGGGCAGAUGGUGACGCUGCAGAUUUGGGAUACUGCCGGCCAGGAGCGGUUCCAGUCGCUGGGCUCUGCCUUUUACCGUGGAGCAGACGCGUGUAUUCUUGUUUUUGAUGUUACCCAGCAGGAGUCCUUCGCCCACAUCAGCUCGUGGCUGGAGGAGUUCAACAUCCAGGCGGGUAAGCGCGACAGUGUGCUGAUCGGCAACAAGACGGACCUCGCUGACCGCCGCCAAGUUGCGAGUAAAACCGCACAGGCUUGGUGUGUUGCGCAGAGUGGCACGGAGGUGGGUGGUGCUGCUGCCUCGAGUAGCGCGGAGGGCAGCGACAUGCGUUACUUCGAGACGUCUGCCAAGGAGAACGUGUCGGUAGAUGAGGCUUUUGUCGCUGUGGCCACCGCCGCAUUGGCGAAAAAGGCUACCGCGGAGGAGGAGGUAGUGUUGCCGCAGUCCGUCAACCUCAACCAGCCCAAGCCACAGGAAAAGAAGGACAGUUGCCCCUGCUAA